AUGGAGAGCGACUUGUUGCAAAAACUAGAGGAGUUCCCGAGUCCGUUUUUCUGGAAGUUGAGCGAGUCUAUGUUCGAAAACGUGCACGAAAAACUGAGCAAGUGGGAAUGUUCUGAAGCUGACCGUCUGGCUUGGAACAACGCCAUGGCUUUCCUAUCGUACGCUCGGGACAAGAACUCUUUACAAGCCCGCAGACAGUUUCAGACGGUCCUAGACGAAGACCCAGAGAAUCUAGUGGCACUAACCAGUCUGGCCUACAUAGAUGUUAAGCACAGCGACGUGGCAAGCGCAGAGACGAAGCGGAAGACGUUGGCGGAACUGAAGGAAUCGGGGGGCGAAACUGAAGUCCAGAAGAGGUGGGCCGCCGCCAUGUUUGAGAAAGCCUUUUGUCUUACUCGAUUCGGCCAGUGGCGCUAUAGGGAGGCACAGAGUUGCAUUGAAGAAGCCCUGAAGUUCGACGGCGACAAUAAGGAAUGGCUAAAAGCGGAGACGUUCUUGUUGACUAAACAGGUCGAGAGUCAAGCGUUGAAGCGAGUGCCUUAUGGCGACAUACAAAGUUUUCUGGACCGGGCAGCGGCCAACGUUCUCAAACUACAGCAAAUGGAGCCCGACAGUGGAGAGGUUCUUUGCACGACGGCUGAACUGUUUGAGGCAGCCGGAAGCACGUACCAAGGCCGAGGUUGGCUGAAAGCCUACAAGCGCGAAAACCCGGACCAAAGUCUCAAUCCAUCGGCCCUAUACCAGCAGGCGUACGAACUGUGCCCGACAAAUCAACACAUUUGCCACAAAGCAGUACUCCACCUAAAGAGUGCGCGUGAAUGGCAAAAGAUGGAAGAAAUCCUGACGAAGGCUCUACAAGACUUCCCCAACGACCAUCUCCUGUACCAUCAGUACGGCCUCCGGUACUACAUUCCGUUCUCGCUAGCGUUGGAGGAAGCGAAGAAGGCUAAAGGCAAAGCCAAUAAAGAAGCCCAGGCAAGUGCAAAGGUCAAGCUGGCAUCCGCCUCCUUGCCUAAGGCAGAAAGCUACCUACGAGAAGGACUGAGAAUCGACCCCCUCUUCACACGUUGCAGGGUCUGCUUAGCCCAGUGCCUGAACUAUCAACAGAAGGUAGAGGAAAGCUGGGAACAGUUCCGUAUCGCAGCUGAAGAGUCAAGAGACAAGAAGAACAAAGUUGAAGCAAGACGGGAAUGGGCAAGGCUCCUGAUCGAGGCAGGGAACGAAUCGGGAGCGCUGUUGCAACUCAGCGAGGCACUGAAGUUUGAAGGUCAGACGGGUGCACCUGUCUACCGUGGGUUGGACAACGCUCUGGGUAUCUGGUGCAAGCAUGACCAACGCAACCCCAGACCUAUCCGAGUUAGGGCGGCGUUUGCAUUGGAGGCAGAGAAUGUAGACAAUGCCAUUGAGUACUACAAACAAGUACUUGAGAUCGACCAGGACGACAUCACCAGCCUAAUAGGCUUGGGAAAGGCGUACAGGAAGAAGAAAGGCAAAGACAAUUUCGAAGAAGCCAAGAAGUGGUUCGAGAAGGCCUCUGGCCUGGGAAGCGAUGAAGCAGACGACGAACUGUUUGAACUGGAAAUGGAGAUGCUACAGAUGGAAGAGGAGAGUGGCGCUGUGAGCCCUCCUAGCGAAAGAGCAGAAAGCCCAAAUACUUACGAGGAUGACAUUUAUGAGUGA